CCAAGGUUGGACCGCAGUAUAAAACCUAACUGAGCGCCGUGAGAGGGCAGUAGUCGUAGUUUGCCUCUUUGGUAGACCAUCAGCACCACUAUCAUGUACAGAAUAUUGGUCCUUGCCGCCUUCGUGGGAGCUGUUUUCGGACAGGCCUACAGAGGUGAUCCGCAACAAGCUGCCAUUAUCAACGAACAGAGGUACUUGAGCGGCGAUGGUAAAUUCGGUGCUCAGUACUCUCAAGAAGAUGGCGUUCAGUUUAAAGAAGAAAGUGAUGCUGAUGGUACUCGUCGUGGGACUUACUCCUACGUAGACCCCACAGGCCAAAGACACACAGUGAGCUACACCGCUGGCAAACACGGCUUCCAAGCCUCUGGAGAUGGAAUUCCUCAACCCUUGCCAACAACCCUUCCUGUAGCUCCACAGCCUCAGUACACCCCCUUACCUCAGUACAACCCUCCACAGUACCAAGAUCAAUAUAGAGCGCAGCCUCAAUACCGUCCACAGCCUCAGUACCAGCCCCAGUCGCAACCCCAGUACCAGCCUCAACCCCAGUAUCAGCCUCAACCCCAAUACCAACCUCAGCCACAGUAUCAGCCUCAGUCUCGACCUCAGCCUCAGCCUCAGCCUCAGUAUAGGCCAGAAGCCUACUACACCACAACUCCAGCCCCGCACAGAUUUUACCCCCCUGGCAAAUUAUCGCUCAACAGGUCGCCAGAUGGUUUUAGUUAUUCUUUUCAAAAAUCCUGAACAUUAGUUAAGUUUUAAUUAGGAAUCAUUUUCGACUUGUUUUAAUUUACAUUUCCAUGACUGUAUUAUAUUCAUAAUAAAAAUGUUAAUUUAAA